GCCAUAGACGCGGGAAUCCCAGCUGGGAUUCCCCACAGUGCAAGUGGCGAACAUUAAACUUGCGACAUGACAUUGUACGCAUAUUAAUGUGGUCUCACAAAGGACCUACAUCUUGCAAAAACUGUACCAUAUUGGGAUUUAAAUAUUAUUGUGCGUGUAGCUGUUCAUGGCGUACAUGAAUACAUCCCUAUCUUCGAGUGAAAUCAUUCUCUUGCAGAAUCCGACCGGUACUAUGACGACCCCGACCCCGUAUCACUUUGACCCUGCCUCUCAGCAGGUGAUCAACUCAUUACCUUCCAAACACUUGAGCCAUCGUCAAGCCUCAGAAGCUAUUAAUGAUGCAGCUAGUAGGAUUGCUUCUUCUACUGAACAUGGUCGUACAUCAAUGAGGAAUGGACUGACUUAUGAUCAGUUCCUUGCUGGUCUUUUAUACAGCGAAGAAACAAUGUUAGUGAGUCAGUUCAUAUACUUUGACUAUGUGAUGUUUAAUCCUGAGCCUCAAUCACCACCUCGAUCUAACAUGACAUCUGGUCGUGCUUUCCUUACUAAUCAUCGUCUUCUUCUCCUAUCAGCUGAGGUUUAUCAAGGUUUGAGCUUGGCAACUUUGACCCCUGGUCAGGACAAGAGACCUUCAGGUUACACAAUCACAGGAAAUGCUUCAGAUAUUCUGCAUUAUCAGAGUAUCCCAUUGAUCAAUAUCCACAGUGUGGAGUUGAACGCAUCAGUUGGUGUCCAGUCUGUCGAGACCGUAAUGGGAGUACGGCCAUGUUGCUGUCUGGCUCUGUGUAGCUGUGCAGGGAUGGACGAUUGUCUGAAGAGCUGGUCAUCAACUUCACAGUCUCAAGGAGUUAGUACAAACGAAAGAGUGUUGACUAUCGGAGUGACAAUGCCUCCAUGGAAUCACCGUUACAUGAUCAAACUUCAUCUCAACGGUGGUGUUCCAAUGGCCCUGGUCAAGGAGUAUAUAGUUGCAUUCUCUCGUUUUGCACCUAAUAUCACCACCAAGGCCCAAUCUGCUGCUUUCUAGGUCACUAUAUAAAGUGCAUUCAGUCGUUGUCAUGGCAAAUAGUUUAGCAGUUUCACAGUCAGUCGUUAUUAUCAUGGCAAUUUCCAAUCAAUAUUGAAACAAGUCAUUAUAUAGGGAAGUUAACCCUGACCAAAAGUUGAUUGUAAAAAGUAACAGAAAAGAUAAAAUAUAUUGGUGAAGGUUUGAGGAAAAUCAAAACAGAGAAUAAAAAAGUUAUAAUUUCAAUUAUUUGAUUUGUGACGUCAUAUGCGAGGAUCUUUACAUAUCAUAUGGUAAAAAAUCAAAGAAAUGUAAUUUUCUCAAAAAAAUAAAAACCUUUUUUACUGUACCUUCAAUGUAUUAAUAGACAAAUCAUUUCACAUCCUUUCCUAAAAAGAAAACAAACAAUAAGUCAUCUCGAACCAUUACAAAUUUGGGGAUUUAUGCAUUUUAUAUCAUAACUAUGAUAAUGGGGUAGCUGCUCGUUUAUGACGUCACAAAUUCAAAACUUAAAACUGAUAACUAUCUAAGGGUGAACUUCCCCUCUAAUUAUGAAAAGCUGGCGCAAUGCCUUCAUGACGCAAGGAAUUAUUGUAGAACCAUAAUCAUCAUAAACGGUAUACUCAAUUGUCAGGCAAAAGGGUGUCACAGGAAUUUUGAAGAGGCAUGAUUCAUGAUUGCUUUAUAGAAAGUAUGAAGCAAAUUAAAGUUGAAAGACCAUGAAAAUCACCAUUUCACUCUCGUAACAUAAUUCUAAAACGCUUGGAAACAAUUACAAGAAGUAUGUGCAAAUUGCAUGUAUAUAUUUCUUGUGGCUAUAGCCCAUCAGUUGUUUUAAAGGAUAUCUUUAUAGUUUAAUGCCAUUUGGGCCGCGGCCUACAAGUGGGCAGUGAGAAGCUCCAGAGGGAGAAAAAAUAGGGGAAAAACUAUAGUAUAUCUCAUACAGAUCCGUCCGAAUAUGUUAUGUCCGAUCGGUCUAUAGAGGGGAUUCACACGCCCGCAUUUGCGUCAUUCGAAUGAUAAUUCGAAUUACGCAGUUUGAGCGUGUGAAUGCAAAAUAGCGUAAUUUGAAAUGCGCAAUGCAAAUGAUGGUUUCGAGGUGCUUUCGAGUGACGCUAUUCCAGAAUUACGGAGCGAAACCAGCCGUGUGAAUGCUUUGACCUCCAAAACGUAAUUCUGGGGGCGGAGCUUACGGUGACCAUUCAACCACUUCCGCAGAAAAACCCCGCCCGCUAUUUUCUGCUCUGUUGGCCAAUUUUAGCGAUGCACGAGUGCCAUUGACUAGUCUGCUGGGCAAACCCUUCACUCGAGUUAAGGGUCUGAAUGUGCAGCCUACUCAUACCUUGUGUACUGAAGGCUCUCUGGAACAGCAAGUUUUGUAUGUGCUAGUCUUUGCGUGGAGGCACACUUGUUGAUCAAAGUUCCAAUCAGGGUCUGUGCCUGCAGACUAGCCAUUGGCGGGGUACCAAAAAGAAGACACACCUCUCAAUAUCGAUGCGAAACGUAAAGCCGCAGAAUUAGAAUCCUCCUGAGCCGUGUGAACGGAAGAUGAAUCUAGCGUCAUUACAAUUUGGCAUUGCAAUUAAGAAUUCAAAUGACGCAAAUGCGAGCGUGUGAAAUCCCUAAAUAAGCACGUUCAUGUGCAUGGUUUCGAUCCAGUUCAGAAGUGAACCUCAUGUGCAUGCAUAUUGACUGUGUAUGUAGUUAUUGUCGCCCAUUUACCGGACAUUUGCAAAUGCAGAUUAAUUCUCAAACUGUUUGUUUCGAAUGUGCUUCAGAGCUUUGUGUUCAAAUUUCACGAAACACUAUUUUCACCAAAAUUGACGUUUUCUUAAAAUUUUGGUUGGUGGGCCUCGAAGAAAAAAUCUGAGAGUCAAAGUUGUCCUCGAGUAAAACAAAAGGAUGAGAAGCGCUGAUUUAGCGUACUUUCAUUAGUAGGCUAGUGUACAUAAGUAUUUUGUCAACAUACAAAAGUAGUGCGGAAACAUAACCACAAUAUUUGUAAAUAUUAUAGGAAAAACGCAUCAUAAAAAGGCGGUAGACUACAUUGAGCUUAUUAAAUACCCAGUAAUCCUAAUAUGCUUUCAUCCCAUUGUGAAGAAGUUGGUAUUCGUGCUAGUUUAAGUUAUUCACAUGCAGUCUCCCACAAAUUAAGUAAUACAAAAAAUGAUGGUAGUAUUGCAUUUCUAUAUCACAUUGUAAACGAAUAUUAUGCACUUAAAAUUAGUUGUCAGUCAUGUUGUAUAUUUUUCCACGUAAUUUUGUUGAUCAUUCGAUUGAUAUGAGGUCAUUGUAUUCAGAGUUUUUGGUUCAGUCCGAUCAUUGUUUCGGUAUUUUCAUAUUUUGAUAUUGUAAAUAAUUCACGCUACGGAUUAUGUUUAGUGACGUCAAUUUGAACAUACUCUGAACUUUAGAUUUUUUUUAAUAUUACGAGAGAAAAGAGAGAUACCAUGACUUUUAGAUAUUCAGUACUAUUUAUAUACCCACCUUUUAUUUAUUGUGCGGCCGUAUUGAAUCUACAUAAAUAAAAUAAAAAAAACUGUUCGUAUAGUUAAAAGAAAAAGAAGUAAUUUCAAAGACUGAUUAGAAGCUGAAAGUAAAGUAUUUUCAUUUCUAAGAAACUUGAGGUAUUUCACUUUGACUAAGUUUGGUUUAUAAUGAAUUGAUUAAUAAAAGACUUAAUAAUGGUAUCCCGACUCCUAAACAAUUGACAUAAUGCAGGAAAAUUAUGUAUAUAAGCUUGUAGGAUAUCAUGCAGAAACCCUAAAAUGAUUCAUUUUCGUUUGUUACUUACACGGUGUCAUAUUAGAUUGUAUAACAUUUGUAAUAAUGAUAGCAGCAUCUUUUUGUAAAUGCAAAAUUAAGUUAAUGUUUAAUUACCACGAUCAAAAUAAGAGGAAAGAAUUAUAAGCGUAUACAGAUUUUGAAAAAUGAAAAGAUGCAGUAUCGAUGACGAAUAAUUUUGAUAAGUUUCAAGUUUAUCAGCAAUGCGUAAAGCUAUUCAGUUGAGUGAAUGUGUGUAACAUAAAUUAUAAUUAUAAAACAUCACUCUGAUCCUUUACAAAAUGGGGGGGGGGGGGGGUUCAGAAGAUGGAAGAAGAAUAUUGAACAGCUCCUACUAUACUAUACACUCUAAAUUCCAAGGAUUUAAAGUAAAUCCGGAUCGGCUGUGAAUAGCGGCCAGCCGAAUAUUAGAUUGGUUUUAACCCUUGUAGAUUUAAAUAAGAAUCUAAAAGAUUUGAAUUUAUAUAUUUUGAGAUUUGAAAUUUAAUCCUAUAGAUUUAAAAUAAAUCCAACAUUUAGAUGGUCACUAUCCACAGCGGAUUUGGAUUUAUCUAAAAUCCUUGGAAUUUACGCCAGGUGAGGAGGAGGAGGGGAGGUGGAUUACUAUAUACCGCCUCCCUUCUCCAGGUGCGGUUCUUUUUUUUUUGGGGGGGGGGAUUCUGGGGGCUUGAAUAAUUUUUGACAUUGGUUUAUCCAAUACUAAUAAAAUGGCACAUCAGUGGCAGCAUACUGAACGUGAAAUACUAAGCAAGCAGCUGUCAGCCCGUCUGAAAAAUAUUACGGGAUUAUGCGAGGGAGCGAGCGACCCCCCCCCCCCAAUAUUCAAAAUGCUUGAAAAUAUUGUUUGUUCUACAUGUCUAUUCCACCCAUCAGGGCAUGUGAUUUCACUUCAUGAUAAUGGGGGCAAGACUGGUUAUCAGAAGGAUACAGUGUUGUUACCAUCUCCAGACGUUUAAUUUAUUUAUACGUGAGUGAGCCUCGCGAACGAGCAAGAUAUCCCUAAUUUCAAGAGCAACAUUUUCACGACCCACGGUCCCUUAAAAUUCAUUGAAUAAGUCUAUCCAGUUAACGGCCUUAUAUUUCUCAAAUCUUCUAUAAUAUAAGGCUUUUUCUACUUAAAAUGAUAAAAAUAAAAACAUUAUAGUGAUAUAAAAUAAUUUUGAUUGCCGCAUAUAUUCAUAUUUUUUUAUUACAGCGCCGUUAUAAAAACAACACCGUGCGGACAUAAUUAUAUGAAAUAUGACUGCAGCAGAAAUUAUUUUAGAUUACGUUUUGUCCAUUUUCUUAUCUUCUUGUUAUUUCUGUUAUUGGUAUAUGUUUGUUUGUUUUAUUUAGGCAUAAACUCCAUAAAACAAACAUGUUUUGUCAUACCAUUGUUAAUUAUUAUUAUGAUAUUGGACCACAUGAAAAAACACAGCUGAUAAUUAUGUUUAACAGCUCUGGAUUGGGCUAUCCGAGCGUAUUUAUUAUCAAUGUUUUAAAGUUAAUGCGUAUGUUACUUGCAUAUAUUGUGUUUUUGUGAUUUCGGAAAUAAAACAAACGAACAAAAUCUUAGGUUACGAUAGCUACAGAUAUUAAUUAAAGCAUCUAUCAUGAUAUAAAUAUUUGUUUUAAAAACCCCAAUAACAAUAUAAACUGACUCUCUUUUGAUAGCCACAUUAUAGUAUUUAUAUCCACGAGCUUAUUUUCUGGUUCUGAAAUAAAAUUCGGAUAGAUUUUCCUACUA